UGUUGACUGCCACAUUUAUUUUAUUUAUAACCUAUAGUACAGAAGUUGGUCCAAAGCCCUUUAGAGACAGGCACAUUUACAUCACAGAUCUCCAAAAUAAAAGGUUUUGUUGUGCAAACAAAUUACUGUGGAAAAUAAUUAGUGGUUUAGUGAUCAUCUGUGCCUUUAAUGCACAUUAUUAGUCAUAUUUAAAGCACAUAUUCAACUGGAUACACAAUAAAAUAGUACCUUCAUAAGCAAUCUAAUUACUUGUAUAACCUAAGAAUAAUUCAGUGUCUAAGAAUAAUUCAGAAUUAAUAACCACAGUUUUCAGGUUAAUACACCAGUUUACACUUUAAUUAUGAAACCUGAGACAAAGGCUUAAUCAUGUUGACCAGAAUCCUCCGAAGUAAGUUUGUUUCAGUAUUGUUUACACCAUUGUUUCAGUCUCUUAACCACAUAAAUGCUGUCCAUGGUAUAUUAAGCAAUUAAAAACGUCACACUGGCGCUCCAUACAUCUGGAUUAAAUAGAAACUCGUAAUAGAGUUUCUUUUAUAUGACAGUUUUUUAAUUCAUAGUCCUUCUGUUAUUGUGUUAUUGUGCAGAAUCUAACAGGAUAUCAACUGUAUAAUACCCAACUUACUUUUCGUUAAACGAAAAAUGUAAGGAGUAGAACAUUUUUAAAAAUGUAAUAAAAGUAAAAGGUAGUCAGAAAAAAUUACUCUAGCAAAGUACAGACACCUGAAAAUUGUACUUAAGUACAGUUACAAGGUAUUUAUACUUCAUUAGCUAACGUUUUUGGUGCUAUUCAGAGUAAAUACACAUAAUCUUCACACUUUACGUAACAACAACGACCCUGAACAGUUUGCACUUAUGUGUGUUUUGAAUCUUCAAUACUGAACUGUGUCACGAAAUUACCUCUUCAUCUUCUUUUUGAAGACAGUCUCAUUUUUCAGGGGAGCUUGAAUACGCACACACACACACACACACCACCACCACCACCUCAAAAAGGGUAUAAACUCGCCAUUGUAUAGGGUCAGUAGUGAUAAAUGAUCAUGAUGCGUUUUUAUUGCUUUUAACAAUCACGUUGUUGUUCAGACCCCACGUCACCGUGACCUGUUUAUAUUCCGCGUCUCGCCGCUAGUCGGCCCGGCGCAGGCUCGCUGUGGGCAGUGAGCGGGCAGACAGGGAGGAUGCGGAGGCCUGCCAGUCCCACAACAACAACACAUCUAUCAUCCACCCGGGGCGACUAGGCCGGUCCGGGCUAUGGCUGCACCUAUAGCACAUUUCGACGACGACUGGCCGAACCUGGGUGAUCCGAGCAUAGUGUCAGAGGAAGGGCUGCUGCCGCAGAAAGGCCGUGUCACCGCCGCCGCCGUGAGCGAAGCGGCGCCCCAGUCGCUCCUGUUUGGCGGUGAUGAUGAUGAUGAUGUUCUGCACGACAGCAGCUUCUCCCCUAGAGAGAACGCGGGGUUCCGGUCUAUGGAGGAUCUGGUGAACGAUUUCGAUGAGAAGUUAACCACGUGCUUCCAAAAUUUUGACGCCAAGACGGAGAGCAUCGCUCCCGUGGCCGUGAUCGCCGAGGACACGCUGCUGGAGAAAGACGAAAUCUGGAACACUUUGACGGCUAACUACGGACAUGUGAUGCCCGUGGACUGGAAACGUUCUCGAACGCACGCCCUCCACGUUCCCGCAAUCAACCUGGAGGAGAAACCCAGAAAGGCAGAUGUUGUGUUGGAGCUGUCAGACGAUGAGGAGCUCAGGGAUCAGCUAGACAUGCACUCCAUCAUUGUCUCCUGCAUCGCAGAGGAGCCCCUUUUCACAGCAGAGCAGGUUAUCGAGGAGAUAGAGGAAAUGAUGCAGGACUCUCCUGACAUGGAGGCAGAACAUAAUCCAUCACAGUCGGACCUGUCAAUGCUCUCUGUGGACGUCCAGCAGCCCAACAGCUGCUCUGACUACGAGGAGAGGAUGGAGGCCCUGAGCAUUGCAGAGCUGAAUGAGUGUCUGGAGGAGACUGAAAUGAAGAUCAGGAGGUUUUCAGAGGAGCUGGUUCAGCAGCUGGCUCUUAGGGAUGAGCUGGACUUUGAGAAAGAGGUGAAGAACAGUUUCAUCUCAGCCCUCAUCGACGUGCAGAACCGGCAGAAGGAGUACCGCGAGGCGCUCAAGAAGAAGAAGAAGCUUAAAGGUGGAGCUGGGAAAUCGCAAGGUCUUCCAGAGAAAACACUUGGAUCGCGCUUCAGCAUGGAGGGGAUCUCCUCUGUUAUCCAAAACAGUUUCCGUCAAACUUUUGGGAGCAGGUGCAGUGAGAGACAGUAUUUGACCACAGUCAUCCCUUACAAGAAGAAGGGACAUCCUCCUUCGAUUGAAGACCUCCAGAUAUUGACCAAGAUUCUGCAAGCUAUGAGAGAUGAUAGUGACAAGGUGCCCAGCCUCCUAACAGACUACAUUCUCAAAGCUCUGGUGUGAGCCCUGGAUGGAGAGGUUUGUGACACGUUCGAUUAUGAGUGUUGUGGUGGUGUUACUCAUAAUGAGAGAGCGCCUCCUCUUGACCACUGAACUGUAGUGCAGUCUGACCCCGAUGCUUCCCCUCGCACUUCCCCUCUCUCCUGCACGGUUGUUAGUGUCUAGACCUGCAGACUGACUCACAACCACUCACAUAGAGAUCUGUUUACCUACCGCUUAUUAUAUGAGACACUGCUAUGAUGAUUAAUAGUUAUUAAUCACAGGUAAAGCUGUAUUUGAAUCACUCUACCUGCACCAGAAAUAGGUUUAGUCUCUCACGUACAUCCUUUUGUUUUUCCUUGUCUUUAUCUCCUGGAUUGUAAUUAAUACCUUAUACUGAGGCUGUGUCAGCAGCUCAAUCGCAGCUUUGUUAAUAUUGAUCUCUGCUGUUUUUCCAGUGGUUUGCCCGACAUAGACGAGAGGGAGGCUCUGCAAAGGUUCCACAUUGUUAAGCGUGAUGAAAAGAAGAAAAGGACUCAUUGUUUUGUUUUUUUGCAAACAUGAAGCACACUUAAUUUAUUCCUGGAUGUUUUUACCUUUGUGUGUCACAUUUUUUCCCCGGAUUUUCAUUAAGCUGUAUUUAUUUUGUGCAAGCACCAUGAUUUCAAAGCGUGUGUAUUCUUGUGAAUUUUUGUUUUUAAUUGUCUCACAGGGUGAUAGUGUAUCCUAAGUUGAUAAAUGAUAUAAGAAAUGUAGACUGACCGUGCACUGAGCUUUGCUUAUUGAUUAGAGCAAAGCUGCACCGCGGUUGGCUUUGUGUUUAUCGGAAGUGCUGAGCUGUACACAGAGCGGAAAACGCGAUGCACAAAACGCUCUGAUACAGAUGUUGCAGUAACAGAGAAUCAUAAUAGUGAAUGUUAACAAGCUUCUAAACUGAUAAACUUACACAGAAAAUAACCUAAGAAUUUUAAAAAAGAGGAGAGUGAAUCACAAGAUAGCAUUUAUUACAGUAGCACCUGAAACAGAUGAGAGAGCUCUAAGGGAACAAGAUACAAAUCAUUAAAUACAAAAUGAUGAAGAGUACUCAGAUUAUCUGAAACCUGUGUUUAUAAACACAAAACUAUGAUAUAGUUCAGUUUUCCAUGUAGCCGCAGACAGAGGGCAGCCAUCUGCUUUCAUCUUAGUACGCUGUAAACAUGAUUGUUAUAAUUUCAUAGAAGAUGACGUACUGUGUUGAUGGGUGAGGUGACGUAGCCUGGAUUGAUAUUUACUGAUUAACUUACUAACUAUGCAUUUGAGUGAAUUGUGACCCACGCACUGUCUGUACUCUUGCCUCUGUGCAUGGGGCGGCGUACACCACCAAUGGGCAUUGCUGUUCUCUAUGUAUUACUUUAUACAAGCUGCCUUUGCCUUUGGCUGAACUUUUGUACAUUAUAAAUGACUUAUUUUCAUUGAAUGUCAUGUUACUAAACCACAGAACCUGCUUCCAUGUUUAUUUAUUUUGUAAAUAUUCUCUUGAUAAAAUAUUGAUAAUAUUGAUAAAAGAA